AUGUCGUCAACAUCUCAGAAACAUAGGGACUUUGUGACAGAGCCCAUUGGAGAAAAAACGGUCUAUGCUCUUGGAGGCAUCGGGGAAGUCCUUGGGAAAAGACUGGAGAAUAAAGGGUUUGACAAGGCGUAUGUGGUCCUUGGACAAUACCUGGUUCUAAAGAAGGACGAGGAGCUUUUCCGAGAAUGGCUUAAGGACAUAUGUGGCGCAAAUGCCAAGCAGCAAGGGGAAUGCUUCAACUGCUUAAAUGAAUGGUGCAAUUCUUUCCUGUAA